ACGAAUUCUUUAUGUUUCAUGCAUUGCAGAUGACGAAAUCCGUGUAGUCCGUCAGCAAGAGCCAUGUCAGAGAAGGUUAGCGGCGCUCUAGCUGCGCAGCUGCAUGCGCAUUCGCAUUCGCUUGCGCUGGCCAACAGCUCCAGCUCCAGCGCCAGCGCCUCCGCUGAGCUGCAGCAGCAGUCAUUGAUUGGCUCCCGGGAGGCGGUGCUGCCCUUCGAGACAGAUGCACCGGCAGCUGCGAUCAGUGCGCAGCUGAAUUUUAAGAUUGUGCCCGUGGACAGCCUGAUGGCGAGUGGCAUGCCCCUGGGCCUGGGCAGCAGCCAGGAGAUGUUCGGCUCAAUGAACACAUCACAAAUCUCAAAUGCCUCCACAGAGUCCAGCUGCAGUCCGCCAACAGCCGCGCCUCCCAAGCCCAGCAGGCACAUGGCCGUGCAGCCCUUGAACAGCAAAUCGUGUCGCUUUCCCAAGCUGGAGGAGUGCGCCCACUUUCAUUACGAGCGCGUGCAGUUGGGCGCCCUCUCGGUGCAGCUGCUGGAUGACAAGUCGGAGCAGCAGCUGGGCAGCAGCAUUGCCUCACAGUCGAUUGGUGGGGAGCUGGCACACAGCUCAAUGCGGUCUGCUGCGUUCACGCCUGAGAACUGUUGGUUCAUCAUACGCGUCUGUCCGCAGGGCUGCGAGCCAUUUCUGAUCAAACGCAGCUUCGAGAAUAUGCAAAUGCUGGACGAGAUGCUGCAUCGCUGUGUCUACGAUCGCAAGAUAAGCGGAUUGCGCAAUAUGAGCGAGCUGGGUGCAGACGAGGAUCUCCAGUCGGAGCUGGAUGUGGAAUAUGCAGUGGCCAAGUACUUGGAGCGCUUCUCGAAAAUCGCAUCCGACUCGCUGACCUGUGGCACCAUACUCACCUGGCUUCAGCUGGACAACAAGGGCCGACGACUGCCCCUCGCCGAUGGCGAAACGCAGAGGACAAUAAACACGCCCGCUGUGGGCGCUGCUUAUGGCGUGCGUCGCUACCAGGCGCAGGCACCGGAUGAGAUUAACAUUGAGGUGGGCGACAUGAUAUCCGUCAUCGACAUGCCCAGUCCGGCGGAGUCGAUUUGGUGGCGUGGCAAGAAGUCGCACCUGCAAAAGUCGCUCUACGAAGUGGGAUUCUUCCCGCAGUCGUGUGUAGCCACGAUUGGCGACAAGGUGCCAAGGAAUUUUCCAAUGCCGGCUCCACUGGUGGGCCACUUGGAUGCCUCGCCCACGAAGCCGGUUCUGCGCAAGCACGGAAAGUUGAUUGCCUUCUUCCGUUCGUUCAUCUUGUCGCGUCCAUCGCGACGACGCCUCAAGCAGAGCGGCAUCUACAGGGAGCGAGUGUUUUCCUGCGAUCUGUCGGAGCAUCUGCUGAACAGUGGCCAGGACAUUCCCAUGGUGUUGAGGUCCUGCGCUGAAUUCAUUGAGAACUAUGGCGUCAUUGAUGGCAUCUAUCGCCUCUCGGGCAUCACGUCGAAUAUACAGCGUUUACGGCGCGCCUUCGAUGAGGAGCGCGUUCCAGAUCUAGGCAACCCGGAGAUGAAGCAGGACAUUCAUGCGGUCAGCUCUCUAUUGAAAAUGUAUUUUCGCGAGCUGCCCAACCCGCUCUGCACCUAUCAGCUGUACGACAACUUCGUAGAGGCUAUCCAGGUGAAGGCCGACGAGGCGGACGAGCGACUGCGUCUGAUGAAGGAGACGGUGCUAAAGCUACCUCCGCCGCACUAUAGGACUUUGAAGUACUUGUCGGAGCACUUGCACAAGGUAUCGCAGCAUCACGAACGGACUGGGAUGACGGACAAGAAUCUGGCAAUCGUUUGGGCGCCCAAUUUGCUGCGCUCGCCGGCCCUCGAAUCGGGAGGCGUGGCAGCACUGCGUGGCGUGGGCGUACAGGCUGUGGUCACCGAGUACCUGAUACGCAACUGUCACAACAUCUUCGAUGCGCUCGAGGAUCACAAUGCCCGGCUAAGCAUCGUGGGCAACGCAGCAGCAGCGGCAGCUGCCGCAGCGACUGCUGCACCGAGCGAGCUGCGCAUGGAGUCGCUGACGGACUGCGAGAGUCUGCUGGUGGAACAGCGCGAACAGGACCAGUCGCUGGGGCUGAUGGAGCGGCCCAAGAGCCUCAGCACAGGCGGUGCGAAGCUGAUCAGUUUGGAGGAGGCGCAGGAGCGGCAUUCGCGCAUCGAGUGCGGCACAGACCUGAAGCAGUCGCUGCCAAUCAACAUGAUAAUGAGCAACAGCACUGCAGCCGCCUCCAACAUCGGGUCCUACAUUGAAGUGGGCGGCGGUCCGUCCAGCCUGCCGGACAAGUAUCAUACGGUGCUGUCUGUGCCGCGCAGCUGGCAGAAGCGCAAGCCGGACAAAACUCCUUCUUGGAAGUCGAUAUUCACGCGCAGCCAGCGCCAGGGCAACGAACCAGGCCAUAAGCUGAUCAUCGAUGGCGGGGCAAGCAGCAAGGAUGCAAAUGUCUCCACGCGCGUCUGCUUUGUGCAGGCAUCCCAUUCCCACGCUAGCAAGGAGCUCUCCAAGCACGACAAGCCCAAGUCCAUUGAACUGCUGGAGACGACGCGCGAUGCACGCCGCGACUCGGCGCUGGGCAUCAUCGGCAAGCCGAUGGAGCUGUGCAUACGCUCCAAUUCGAUUGAUAGUCUGCGCACAGUUGGCCAUUCGCGCAGCGUCUCGCACGACUCUUACUUCGAUCUGCUGCAGUCGCCGCAGCGUGGCCACAUGACCACCUGCCCGUCGCGUGAACUCUCCGAGCUGGGCCUGAACUUCGAUCGCGAAGAGCCCGAGAUGCGCAUUUUCUCUGAGAGCGAAUCGCUGGUUAGCUCGCCGCGGGUGGGCAAGGAGAAUGUGCCGCCUGCAACGGGCUGUGCAACGCGUCGCAUAAUGCGCGCGCGCCCUGAAGAAUUCUCCAGUCAGACGAACAGCGUUAAUCCCAGCCCCAAGAAGCAGCCGCGUCUCAACCUCUUGUCGCCCAGUGCAGCGCGCACGUUGCCUCAGUCUGUGGCUCCACAGCAGCAACAGCAGCAGCAACAACAACAGCAGCAGCAGGGAGGAGGCUGUGGCCAUGAGCCCGCGGGUGCCGAGAACUGCUGCAAGCGCUAUAAGCUUGAGGAUCAGCUCUCGGAUAUACAAUUCAUCGACUGCGGCACACCGGAGCAUCCGCAGCAGCAAUUCGCCAGCGCCGAGGUGCAUCAGCCGCCGCCACCUCCAAAGCCAGCGCGUGCGCAGCCGUUGCCCUCGCCCACGGCCGCCUCGACUGCUGUGCGCUACAGCUAUCCCUCAGUGCAGCUGGGUGCGAAGCGGAAGGAGCAGCUGGCGGCGAAGGAGCGCUUCAGCUACCAAGGCACCUUCACGCAGCAGGGCGCAAAGCCGGAGGCCACAGCAAGCAGAACUAUGCAGAAUGGCAGCAAGCUGCCUGUGCCCACGCCCACGACGCCUUCGCAUAGUCCACGCUACUCACUGCUGCUGUGCGACACGGAGAGCUCCGAGAAUAGCUCGGCCGUCAACACGCCUCAAUACGAUAUGGAGCCGCUGAUGGUGAACUCCGUAAUGUCGGGCAUAUCGGGCGUCUCUUCCAACUUGCAGCAGCAGCAGCAGCCCUUGCUGCUGGGAGUAGAUGCGGCCAGCUAUCUGGGCAGCUCGCAUGAGAGCCUGGGUCAGCAGCAGCAGCAGUUUCAGCCGGAGCAGCGCGAUAUGCAUGCCUUGAAACGUGAGCUUUCGCUCGACUUGCAGCCGCAGCAGCAGCCGCGCAGAGGUGCUACACUGCCCGUCAAGGAGCUGCUGCAGGCUGCCAGCUCGCCGAACAACUCGAAUCUCACAGACAACACUAGUCAAUCGGUGACUCCCAGCGAGUUUGGCUACCAGCAUUUGCAGCGACACCUGAGCAUGCACUCGCUGCUGGCCACCGAAGAGAGCUCGCCCCUCUACGAGGACUUUGAGCAGACGCCCAGCAACGCGCUGUCGCCCGCCAAGCCUCUGCCGGCGGCUUCCGUCAGCAGCCCUAUCAAGUCGACUAUUAGCAUAACGUACAAGUCGCCAGAGAAGGAGAAGCCGCCGACUAAGCCCGCGCUGCUGUUGGAAACAAAUUUCGAUGAGAAUAUUGUGUACGAGCAGGUGAAGCUGUUCAGGAACUCGGUGACGGAGGUCAAUCAGAUGCUGAACGAGCGACACGGUCAGAGCCUGAAGCAGAUUGAAGAGGAGGAUGGCAGCGCGCAAAUGGCGCAGCAGCUGUUGCAGCUGCAAAAGGAACAAGAGGAUGAGGAUGAGGGGCAGCGGGACCAGGAGCAGCUUCUGUAUGAGAACAUUGAGCUGCGCAAGCCGAAAACAGUGUACGAGAAUCUACGCGGCGAGGAAAUGAAACUCAACGUAGCAAGCGACGACGUACUGGAGCUCGAGACGGGUUCGAGUUUGAAUUCGGAGUCAGUUGCGAAACAUCAGCCCAGUUGUGAUCGCAUUGAGCUAGACAGUUUGGACAGUUUGCCAAGUGUCGAGCACAAUAUGGAGCACGAAAAGCAAGAGCAGCUGGAGCACUCGGAGCAGCUGCCGCCUAGCAAAUCGCCGUCGUUCAGCGUGAAGGAGUUGGCAACCAAAUUUGAAAGUUCGCCCGUUGAACAAUUGCCAAAUUUUGACUUCAGCCAGCGCGGCGGCUCGAUGAAAAAGCCCAAUAAUGAGCUCAGCCUGCCGCCCGUGGCAAUGCCGCCAAAGCCGUUGCUGAUGCCCGUGCCGCUCAAGAAACGCAAUGCGAACGCACAGAAGAUAACGCGUUCGCUGGAUGAGAAUGCCUUCGUACGCGAGUUCGGUGGCAAGCAGCUGCAGGAUCUGACUGCAUGCAACCAGCAGCAGCAGCAGCAGCAACUGCAACAGCAACAGCAGCAGCCACAGCUGCCAAUGUCAGAGCUGGACAAUCGGCGCAAGAGCUUUGAUUUCACGCGCCCGAAAACGCUGAAUCCGCCCAAGCGUUUGCCAGGAAUGAGCAUCACCGAGGAGAUAUGCCAGAAGCGCAACAAUGAGUCGGCCGAUCAGCAGAUCACCACGCCCACCACUGAGAAUCGCAUUUCGCUGAUACAACAGAACAAUGUGCCACUGAAUCCGCCAACAAGCAACGGACGCAAGAGCGUCUUGACUGGUGUGAUCCUCGAUCGGGAGCGCAUCGACAAGAUUAAGGAGGAGCGCCGCCAGCAGCUGACCCAAAAGUAUUACGGAGACAGCAUCAAGUCUCGCUCGAAAACCGAACUCAACUCGGCGGACGACAACUUCCAAGCAUCCGAAUCGCUGCGCGUCAAGUCAAAGUCUCGCGGCGAUAUGCAUUCGCUGCAAAAGGACAUGGAUAUGAAUCUGAAGCAGCUGGCACGCGCUGGCGCUGGCUCCGAGAGCACGCUGCAUCAGCAGAUCGACUACAGCACCCAGCAUCGUGUGCGCAGCAUCUCAGACGAGAAAAAUCAGAAUUGUGAUACCAACACCAACACUAACACCACCAACAGCAGCAGCAGUGCCAGCAACACCAAUGGAGGCGCGGCCAAUCAAUCCAAUUCGGUCAAGUCGGUUGCCCAGAAAUAUGCGCAGAACAAUGCGCCCGUUAUCACAGCGAUCACCACAUCAACGAUGCCUGGAAAGUUCGAGCGGGGCAUCGGGAAUCGCGAACGUCUCUCUAGGAACUCCAUGCCCCAUCCCAUAGCAUCUACAGAGAGCAAUGCGAGUGUCAACAACAGAGAAAAGAUCUCACCACAAUUCUCAAUACGCGAUGUGACUGCGAUGUUCGAAUCUCGUUCACAAAACCAAUAGACAUGUUGGCAACAUCGAAUUCAGAAUAACUAUGUAUAAUCAUAUAUAGUUAUAUAUAUAUAUAGAUAGAAGAGCAG